AUGGCCGACAACGAGAGCCCCGAGAGGCGGCGGCCGCGCCGGAUGAGCGCCAUGUACCGCCGUGGCUCCCACUUGAGCGAGGCAAGCUUCAUGGAAGAUGUCGAGAUGGCGCAAGAUGAGGUAUUCGAACUCGGCCCCAUGCCUCCUUCCCGUCCUGCCUACAACCCCCGUGGAAGGAAGCCUGGCCAGCAGCUGACGCCCACAAUCCAGGUCUUCUCCGGCCCCAUGAGCGAGAGCGUCCCCACGAGCGUCUCUGGAUUCCGCCACCGCCGGUCGCGCGCCGAUUCGAGUGCGAGUUUGACGAGUUUCGCGUUCUACGAUGAAGAGCAGGAUUCACAGGGGGAGGACGAGGAUAGCGCGAUUCUGGAGGACGGCGAGAGCACGUACAACAAUGGCUAUACCGUAUCGGAGUUGGAGGACCUCGAGGCGGGCAUAUCUUCGGAAACUUCGCAUUCACCGUCGCCAUCGCGGCGGAAGUCAAGUGGCAGCAGGAAGUCAUCCGAGCGGCCGCUGUUGCGCAGACACUCCUCCACAGGCAGCGCAGGCUCGGGCAUCGACUGGAGAGGGCGCAGGUCGAACCAGAAGAUCUACAUCAUGACCGAGGACCUUACCAUUGUCAUCGCCGGCUUCAGAACAUCGCCCAUUGGCUAUGCGCUGUAUGCGCUGCUCUGUUUCGCGACCCUGGGCCUCGGCUGGCUCCUGUUCAGAUGGUUACCAAGAUGGAGGGUCGCGAUAACAGGAAAGAGCUCGCCGUUGAAGGAGUGCGACUGGAUAGUCACAGAGAAUCAGUGGGGCGAGUUUGCAGUACAGCAUGUCAGCAAGCAAACCUACGGCCGGUCGCUUUCGACUGUGUUCGGCGACCCUGAAAAGGGACGGCCACGGGAAUGGGACGAGGAAGAUGACCCGCUCAUCGGCGAGCUCAGGUGCCUGGACUACCGCUACAUCCGCUUCGUAUACCACCCCAUCAAGGACAAGUUCGUCCUCGCAAAUACCUGGACCGAUCCCACCUGGACCGAAGUCUCCGCCCUCCGCGAGGGUCUCGACAACGAUGAACGCGACUACCGCGAACUUGUCUUCGGCAAGAACGUCAUCGACAUCGCCGAGAAGACUAUUGGUCAGCUUCUUGUGGAUGAGGUCUUUCAUCCUUUCUACGUCUUCCAGAUCGCCAGUCUGAUCCUCUGGUCCAUGGACGAGUACUACUACUAUGCCUGCGCCAUCUUCAUCAUAUCGGCCGUCAGUAUCGUCACCACACUUAUCGAGACAAAGGCAUCCAUGAAGAGACUGCGCGAGGUGUCAAAAUUCGAAUGCGAAGUUCGUGUACUACGCAGCGGCUUCUGGACACACAUCGACUCUGCAGAGCUUGUACCGGGAGAUGUCUACGAAGUCACCGACCCUUCUCUUGCGCUGUUCCCAUGCGACAGUUUGUUGCUCUCCGGAGACUGCAUUGUCAACGAGAGUAUGCUGACUGGCGAGUCAAUCCCUGUCUCCAAGGUCCCCAUGUCGAACCACGCUCUAGACCUCCUAGACCUCAGCGCAUCGGCUGUCCAUCCUGAAGUUGCACGACACAUGCUGUUUAGUGGAACCAAGAUCAUCCGUGCUCGUAGACCACAUGAAGACCACGUCGAUGAUGAAGCUGCUGCAUUGGCUAUGGUUGUGCGCACUGGUUUUAACACCACCAAGGGCGCACUGGUCCGCUCGAUGCUCUUCCCCAAGCCAUCUGGAUUCAAGUUCUACCGCGACUCUUUCCGGUACAUCUCCGUCAUGGCGUUCAUUGCUAUGAUCGGCUUCGUCGCGUCAUUCAUCAACUUCGUUCAUCUGGGUCUCGCAUGGCAUCUGAUUGUCGUACGUGCUCUUGAUCUUAUCACCAUUGUCGUUCCUCCUGCGCUUCCGGCUACACUCACCAUCGGUACCAGCUUUGCCCUCUCGCGCUUAAAGCAGAAGCAGAUCUUCUGUAUCAGCCCACAGCGAGUCAAUGUGGGUGGCAAGCUGGAUGUCGUCUGCUUUGACAAGACUGGAACCCUUACUGAGGAAGGUCUCGAUGUUCUUGGAGUCCGCGUAGUCGAGCGACCAAGGAACAGGUUCAGUGAGCUGCUUCCAGAUGCCUACGACAUCCUGCCCGCAUCCCAGCAUGACCGCGAUCCCACUGUCGAAUAUCUCGCACACAAGACAAUUCUAUACACCAUGGCUACUUGUCAUUCACUUCGCAAGAUCGAUGAUGAGCUAGUAGGCGACCCACUCGAUGUCAAGAUGUUCGACUUCACCGGCUGGAGCUACGAAGAAGGAGAACAGAAAGCCGGCAACGCUGGUGACGACGACCCUGAGCAAAAGCUUUCGCCAUCUGUCGCUCGACCACCACCAGGCCGGGAGUAUGAUGUCGACGAUGUUGAAGACGACGCCAACAGGAAGCAAGUCGAACUUGGCGUACUCAAGGCUUUUGAAUUCGUGUCUCAGCUACGAAGAGCUAGUGUCAUUGUUCGCCAAUUCGGCUCAAAAAGCGGACAGGUAUACGUCAAGGGUGCACCUGAAGUCAUGAAAGAGAUCUGCCGACCUGACAGCUUCCCUACCGACUACGAGGAACUUCUCGCCUUCUACACCCACCGCGGUUUCCGCGUCAUCGCCUGUGCCACCAAAUCCAUCCCCAAGCUCAACUGGCUCAAGACUCAGAAGAUGAAGCGUGAGGAAGCAGAGAGCGACCUGGACUUUGUCGGUUUCAUCAUCUUCGAGAACAAGCUCAAGGACAGCACCGCCCCUGUCAUCGAAGAGCUCGAACGCGCAAACAUCCGCAAGGUCAUGUGUACUGGUGACAACAUCCUCACUGCUAUCAGUGUGGCUCGCGAGUGUGGUCUCAUCAACAAGACUGCUCACUGCUUCGUGCCUCACUUCGAAGAGGGUGACUCUCGGACUGCACUAUCGAAACUCAGCUGGGAAAGCGUAGACGACCCCGUCUUCAAGCUUGACGAUAACACCCUUAAGCCCCUGCCACCGCCACCCGAAGCCGACGUAUCUCUUCCCUACGACAUCUCCAACCUCCGCAACUACAGCCUAGCAGUAAGCGGCGACGUCUUCCGCUGGAUCGUCGACUUUGCCUCCGAAUCCGUCCUCCGCGAAAUGCUCGUCUGCGGCCAAGUCUUCGCCCGCAUGUCCCCCGACGAAAAGCACGAACUCGUCGAAAAGCUCCAAUCCAUCGACUACUGCGUCGGCUUCUGCGGCGACGGCGCCAACGACUGCGGUGCCCUCAAAGCAGCCGACGUGGGCAUCUCCCUCUCAGAAGCUGAGGCCUCGGUUGCCGCACCCUUCACAUCCCGCCAAUUCGACAUCUCCUGCGUCCCGCAAGUCAUCAAAGAAGGUCGCGCCGCCCUCGUCACGAGCUUCAGCUGUUUCAAAUACAUGUCGCUCUACAGCGCCAUACAGUUCUGCUCCGUGUCCUUUUUGUACGCCAGCGCGAGUAACCUCGGCGACUUCCAAUUCCUGUUCAUCGACCUCCUGCUCAUCCUGCCCAUCGCCAUCUUCAUGGGCUGGUCCGGCGCCUACCCGAUCCUCAGCCGCAAACGUCCGACUGCCAACCUCGUAUCACGAAAGGUGCUUACGCCGCUACUGGGCCAAAUGGUCCUAUGUAUCCUCGUCCAAUUCAUAGCCUUCCACUACGUCCAAAAACAGGAAUGGUACAUGCCCCCCGUCCUGGACCCUAACCACAGCAACAGCUUGAACAGCCAAAACACAGCCUUGUUCCUGACAAGUUGCUUCCAAUACAUCUUCUCCGCCGUCGUCCUCAGCGUAGGGAAACCGUAUCGCGAACCCAUGGGCCGCAACUUGCCUUUCAUCACCACUAUCUUCGUUACCCUCGCCAUUACGCUGUAUAUGCUGUUUGACCCCGCCGCGUGGGUUAUGCAAGCGAUGGAACUCACGUUUUUGGAUACGCAGUUCAAGGUGUUUAUUCUGGUGUUGGGGUUGGGUAAUUUUGCGGCGGCGUAUGUGGGCGAGAAUAUGCUGUUCCCGGGGUUGAGCAAGUGGAUUGGGGUGGCGAAGGUUAGGUUUGGGGGUAAGGGCAUGCAGAAGAAGAGGAAGGAGUAUAAGGUUAUUGCUGAGGGGAUGAGGAUGUGA